CUCUCCUCUUUUUCUCUCCUUGAUCCCCUCACCCUAAAAAAUGGCGACAGCCACGAAUAGAGAGAAAAAGAAGGAGACGGGCAAGGCAGCAUGAGUCCCCGUCCAUGCAGCGAGAUCAGUUGGUCGGUUACAAGGACGGAUCGAUCGGAGAUAGAAAUUAAAGAACCAUCCAUGGCAGCCUGAUCCCGAUCGAAUCCAUCCGUCGUCAGAUUAUCACCAGAAGUAUUCCACACCGAUCCUAUUUUUUCUGACGGCGAUCAAGAAUUAAUUAUCCACCGGCGGCGAGGGCGGCGGCGGUGACUGAUAGGACGAUCGACCCUCCCCGUUGGUCGCGAUGGCGCGUUCAAGCGCGGACGACAUGGACCUGAAGCGCGCGUGCGAGGCGGGCAUUCUGAGCAAGGAGAAGGUCCCCGAGAAGGUGGCGCUGUCCAUGCGCGUCGCCAAGGGCCGCGUCGGCCCCCCUCGGGGAUUGGGAAUAGCCGGCAAGCUCACCUCCCGCCACAACCAGGGCAUGGCCAAGCCCCGCGUCCUCGCCGUCACAACCAAGGCGAAAGGGCAGAAGACCAAGGCCUUCCUGCGAGUUCUCAAGUACUCCAAUGGCGGAAUCCUCGAGCCAGCAAAAGUGUACAAGAUAAAACAUCUCCACAAGGUGGAGGUCGCUUCCAGUGAUCCCAGCGGCUGCACCUUCAUAUUGGGGUUUGAUAACCUCAAGAGCCAGAGUAUUUCGCCUCCUCAGUGGACGUUGCGCAACAAAGACGACAGGAACCGGCUGCUGAUGUGUAUUCUCAACCUGUGCAAAGAGCUGUUGGGUGGCAUCCCCAAAGUUGUUGGCAUGGACAUCGUCGAGAUGGCUAUCUGGGCCAAGGAGAACACUACGACAAAGGUUACACAGGUCAGCACGAAAGAUGGCCCAAUUGAAUCUGUAUUUGGAGAGGUUGAGUCACAAGUUACCGUUGAAAAGGACCUGGUUUCACAAGCGGAGGAAGAGGACAUUGAAGCUCUCCUUGGCACCUAUGUCAUGGCAAUUGGUGAAGCAGAGGCAUUUUCAGAAAGGAUGAAACGUGAACUUGUAGCUCUGGAAUCUGCAAAUGUUUAUGCCCUCAUGGAAACAGAAUCUGUUGUGGAAGAGGUAUUGCAGGGCCUAGAAGUAGCCAGUAUAUGUGUUGAAGAUAUGGAUGAGUGGCUCGGCAUUUUCAAUAUCAAACUCAGACAUAUGAGGGAGGAUAUACAAUCUAUAGAAUGGCGUAAUAACAGGUUGGAGCUGCAAUCUGUUAGUAAUGUGGCAUUAGGUGAAGAGCUAGACAAAUUGCUUGUAUUCUUGCAAAUACCACCUGAGUACGAGGAAUCAUUGACUGGAGGCUCAUUCGAUGAGGGUAAUAUGGUCAAGAAUACAGAAGCCUGUGAAUGGUUGACCAGUGCUAUAAAGAACCUAGAAGCGUCUAAUCUGGAUCCAUGCUAUGCAAAAUUGCGUGCUGUUAGAGAAAAACGAGCAGAAUUUGUACUUCUGAAGUGCACAUUUGUUCGGAGGGCAGCAGAAUUUUUACGGAAUUACUUUCCAAGUUUGAUUGAUUCUAUGCUAAAUGAUAAAGGCAACUUCUCUCAGAAAGGGCAACUGCAGAGGCCUGACCAUGCUGAUAUGAGGUACAAAUGCAGGAAAUAUGCACGGCUUCUACAAUUCAUCAAGAGUCUGGACAAAAGUUGUUUGCCCCCUUUGCGGAAAUCUUACUGUCAUUCUCUGAAUUUGCUAAUUCGACGGGAGGCCCGGGAAUUUUCUAAUGAGCUCCGAUCUAGUUCAAAAGUAUCAAAGAGCAGCACACCAUUGUUUGAGGGUCCUGCAGGUGCAAAUCAGUUAGCUGGUAUUACAGAUAGUUCUGCAGAUGCGUACUCCAAGAUGAUUACUGUAUUUAUUCCGCUUCUUGUUGAUGAGAGCUCGUUCUUGGCACAUUUUAUGUGCUUCGACGUUGCAUUGGAUGCUUCAGAUAGUGAGGAAAAUAGUACGUCUCCAAGAUCUUCAGAAGCCUCUGGGAGUAGUGUUAAACCAAGUAGCAGUGGAGCUGAUAUUGGAGUGCUGAACCAAUGCUUACAGGAGUUGCUCGAUGGUAUUCAGGAGGACUUCUACGCUAUAGUUGACUGGGCAUUCAAGCUAGAUCCAUUGAGUUGUAUAGCAAUGCAUGGCAUAACGGAUCGAUAUAUUUCUGCUCAGAAGGCAGAGGUUGCAGGAUAUGUGCCUGUGCUUCUUGAUGACUUGGAGACAAGAAUAACCAUUUUGUUUGGCAGGUUCGUUGAUGAUGCAUGUUACCAGAUCGAAAAGUAUGAGCGAAAUGUAAGACAAAUUGGAGUGGUGCCAUAUAUUCCCAGGUUUUCUCAACUUGCAGCGCGUAUGGAGCAGUAUAUCAAUGGAUCCAGGGAUCUUGUUGACCAGGCAUAUACAAAAAUUGUUACCAUUAUGUUUGUGACUCUGGAGAAAAUUGCUCAAGUUGAACCCAAAUAUGUUGAUAUAGUACUCUUGGAGAAUUAUGCAGCUUUCCAGCACAGUCUAUAUGAUUUAGCGAAUGUUGUGCCAACACUUGCUAAAUAUUAUCAUCAAGCCAGUGAAGCUUAUGAACAAGCUUGCUCGCGCCAUAUUAAUCUUGUUAUAUAUAUUCACUUUGAAAAGUUAUUCCAAUAUGCUCGGAGAAUUGAGGAACUGAUGUACAACAUGAGUCCUGAGGAGAUACCGUUCCAAGUUGGAAUGUCGAAGGUAGAUUUCCGCAAGAUGCUGAAGUCGAGCCUAACUGGUCUUGACAAAACAAUCAACGCCAUGUAUAGAAAACUACAGAAGAACAUAACCGCAGAAGAAUUGCUACCUUCUCUAUGGGAAAAAUGCAAGAAGGAGUUUCUCGAUAAAUAUGCAACCUUCCUCAAACUGAUUGCCAAAAUAUAUCCCAAUGAAACCGUGACAUCCGUCAACGAUAUGAGAGAUACCCUAGCAGCUCUAUAACAACAUUGCUGUUUGAUUAACUUUACAAGGAACUGGUAUUACAAGCCAUGAAUUUAGGUCUUAGCCAUUACAAAGGAGAAGAAGAAGAGCGGAGGAGGAAGGAGAAGACAGAAACAGGGAAGGCCGAAGCCGUUCAGACCCCCCUCGCAGUUGCUCUCUGCCUUGUAUUUAUAUCACUGUCCAAGUCCAGUUUCAUACCAACAUGCUCACUGACGCUUGGGUCCCACCGUAUUAGUAGAGGCAGGCAUUAACACAACCAUCCAAAGGUCAUCGGCACUUUACCACAAGAUGCUCCGCGCUCGGCAUUUCACACCCCUAAGAUAGAUGGGUGCAAAUGGGCAACGGAGGAUGGACACCUUGUCAGCCGAAUGUAGUGUUUGGCUAUUUAGCUACGCACCUUUGUCCAUCGUCUAAAUUCUGUCCAUUGGCUAUUUGGCGACG